GACAUGGCCAUUAUAACCUGCCGAGUGCAGUAUUUGGAGGACUCCAACCCUUUCGUCUGUACCAACUUCCCGGAGCCACGGAGACCGCCGCCCUAUGAUCUGGACGAAAACAUCGCCUUGAUUGAGCAGAUAGCCGGGGUUCACAAACUCCUGGAGGCACCGCUGAAGUUGGAAGAGUGUGCUCUGCAGAUGGCCCCCAAUGGGAACUAUCUGGACCUGGACCUGUCUCUGGGGGAACAGAAAGAUGAUGUGGAACAGCUCUAUGACGACGUGGGUAGAGGGAAGAAGCCCAUCCUGAUCCUGAGAACUCAGCUAUCUGUCAGAGUCCACUCCAUUCUAGAGAAGCUGUACAACUCUCAUGGACCUGAGCUCCGGAGGUCCCUGUUCUCCCUCAAGCAGCUCUUCGAGGACGAUAAAGACCUGGUACCAGAGUUCGUGAAUUCAGAAGGCUUGACGUGUUUCAUCAAGGUUGGAACGGAGGCAGACCACAACUAUCAGAACUACAUUCUCCGAGCUCUCAGUCAGAUCAUGCUGUUUGUAGAUGGGAUGAACGGUGUGAUCGACCACAAUGACACUGUUCAGUGGCUCUACACUCUCAGUGGCAGUCUGUCUCGUCUGGUGGUGAAGACCGCUCUGAAGCUCCUGAUAGUGUUUGUAGAGUACACCGAGUUGAACAGUCCUCUAUUUAUCCAGGCUGUCAACACUGUGGAUGGCAAGAGAGGUGUGAAGCCGUGGUCAUACCUGACAGAGAUCCUGGAGGAGAAGAACGGAUCAGACACUGAGCUGUUCAUCUUAACCAUGAACCUCAUCAACAAGACCCUUGCAGCCCUCCCGGACCAGGACUCGUUCUACGACGUGACCGAUUGUCUGGAACAGCAGGGGAUGGAACACAUUAUGCACAAACACAUGAGCAGCAAGGUCACUGAGCCAGACCUGAAACAGCAGUUCACCAUAUACGAGAGGGCUCUGAGGCACGAGGACGGAGAGAUGGAUGCCGCUCCUCACGUUAGGAAGGAGAGGAGGAAGUGACAGCCGUGCGAACAGGAAGGCAGGAGGAUCAGGAGAUCCUCAUCCUACAGCCGGGCUGAGUAG